UAGAGCUCCGAUUCAACGACGUUAAGGAAACUAACUUCAGUGACUAACCUCGUUAUUUUUCCUGUUCCUAGUCGUUUUGAACGCGGCAUUAGAUCAGAAACCAGGCGCGUGUGUAUGACGCAAUUGCCAGCGACGCCGACGAGUUUUGCGUUGGCGUAAGUGUUGAGAGGCACGGGCAACGUAAACUCAUUCUACAAACGAAAAGAGCAUGUCUAUUUGUUUGCUCAUCAGCAAAGAUGGAAGACAUAAACCGAUUCAGCUACCGCACCUACAGACUGUUGUACUCGGUCGGGGUCCAGAAACAACGAUAAAAGACAAAAAAUGUUCCAGGGAGCAAGUUGAGCUCAGGGCGGACUGCAACAAAGAGUGUGUCAGUGUAAAACAACUUGGUGCCAACCCCACCAGUGUGGACUCCAAGAUGGUGGGCAAAGGCAAUCGGUUGGUGAUGAGGGCUGGCCAGCAGCUGUAUGUGGUCAAUGCGCUGUACCCGUAUACUGUGUGCUUCAAAGAGGAUGCAUCCCCGUGUCAGGAUAGCACAGAGAAGAGUGUUGGGGCCAAGAGGCCCCAUGGGCCCUCUUCAGUGGAUGGGGAACUUUACAAAGAGCCUUCUGGAAACAAAGUACCAAGGGGAGCACAGGACUCCACGCAUUGCAAACACGGAGGGUCCACCAAUUCACCACCGUCCAAAUUCAACCCGAAUCCUCACACGGCGGUGAAAGCGGAAAUGUUGGGACACUGGAGCCAAGGUUUGAAAUCCUCAAUGCAAGAUCCCAAAAUGCAGCUCUACAAAGACGACAGAGUAGUAGUCAUCAAGGACAAGUAUCCCAAGGCACGGUACCACUGGCUGGUCCUGCCCUGGGAGUCCAUUCCCAGUCUGAAGGCCCUGUGCAGGGAGCACUGCAACCUGUUGAGGCACAUGAACCAGGUGGCGGACAGGAUGGUACAGCAACAUUGCCCCGAACACGACCUGCUGAAGUUCCGCCUGGGCUACCAUGCCAUCCCCAGUAUGAGCCACGUUCACCUCCAUGUGAUCAGCCAGGACUUCGACUCGCCUUGUCUGAAAAACAAGAAGCACUGGAAUUCGUUUACAACAGACUAUUUCAUAGAUUCUGAAGAGGUCAUUGGCAUGCUGGAGAAGGACGGGAGGUUCACGCUCCAAGAAGGGACAGAGGAGUUGUUGAAAUUACCUCUUCGCUGUCAUGUGUGUGGUGCUGAGUUGUCCACUAUACCGAAACUUAAGGAGCAUCUGAAAUGUCACCCCUAUGGCAGACCGUGACACGAAUAGAGAUUUUUUAAAAUAAAAAAUACUUGAUGCUCCUUAGCCGGUUGUAGAAAAAGCAAGUCUAUGUAAAACUAGUCUAUUUUACUGCUGGAAAUUGACAAGUUUUCUUGUUCCUUAAAUACAUCCCCUGUUUAAAUACUUGGAAAGCUGUAUGGAGGUUUUGUAAAAAUAAAAAUGUUCCUGCUAUCAGUA